UUCACGGCGCCGCCGUCGUGCGACGACAUAUGGAUCAAAACAAGGGGCAGCUUUGUGGCCACGUUUGCCACGAAUCACUCCAAGACCACCCACCUGUGGGUGACCAUCACCGCCUCGAACCAGGCGGACCCUCGGUUCGCGCCGUGCCAGCCGCCGGGCUGGGACGCCGGCCCGACCGGGACCACGGGCACGACCACCCACGACGGCAUCCUCACCUUCAGCCCGGCCGUGUGCCCGAGCGGCUGGACGGCCUGGUGGCUGGGCCACACCUACGUCCCCUCCGUCACGGGGAUCGGCAUCUUCACCACGACCACCUACCGCACCAUCUCCACCGCCAACUGCUGCGCCCCCGGCUUCACCUUUGGCUACCCGGGGCAAACUGUCGGCGAGGCACUGAGGGGGCUGGGCACAUUCACGACAUGGCCGGGGUGCCUCCAGACCAUCACCUUCACGGAGCCGUACCGGGGAGGCCACGUAAAAGUCCACCGCUCCUGGCACGUCAGCUGGGAGGCGUCCGACACGACCUCCAUGUCGCCGACGCCGCCCGAGCUGCCCUGCUACGACCCGACGGUGACGAGCUGGCUGCCCGGCGAGACUAUCCCGGAGCAGUACUGCAGGCCGAUGCCGCUUCCCAACGACGACGAGUGGAACCAGUCCGUGGCGUGGUUUCUGAUAGUAGGGGUGCCGCUCCUGUUUGUCGCUCUGGCCGCCACCGCCUGUUUCAUUUGUUGCCUCUGUCGGCGGAGGCGGAGGCAGAACAGCAAGGAUAACGCGGAGCAGAUAAAAAUAGAGAAAUUAGAACUAAGUCACAACAAGCAACCUGGGUUAAAGGAGCUGGAAAAGGUGGUGGAGCCUCAACGUGUGCAAAUUACCCAGAACGAACGGGAGAAGAUACAGAAAGCACGGCCUGUGCAGGGGGUACAAGAGAAGAUGGAGGAGAAAGAGCAAGAGGAGACGCAGGAAACACAUCAAGUACAGCCUGUGCAGAAAGAACAGGAGAAAGUGCAGUAAACGGUACAAGAACCUCUACCCGCUCAGGCAAGCUAAGCGCCAGAGAGCCGGAUAGAGUGGGGAAAACUUUGAUGCAAUGGGCACCGACGCUAUCACCGGCCUUUCACACACGUUUUGAGUGCUAGCUUGCCAGCCUGGUAGCAAAAAAAUUCCCCCAGCCUAUCCCCUUCCGG